GCCUGCUUGAGGCUCGGCAGCACUUAUCUCAGCUGGAGAUCACCAGGAGUCAGCUUGAAAUCCAACUUCAUGCAGUCAUGCAGACCAAGGAAGCGAUGCAGGGGGAACUGAAGUUCCUUCAACAGGAGCUGGAAGCAGAGAGAUCUCUCACGAGGCAAGAACGGGAAGAGACGUCACAGCAGCUCUUACUGACCAAACAGCAGUAUGACAGUGCCUUCGAACUUCAGCAGAGUGCCCACGAAGUGGAAAUAAAGAAGCUCCUGAAAGACCUGCUGGAAGAAGAGACUGAGGCUUUGUCAAGGAGAGUGGAUGAGACGGAGAGAAGAAAGAUCUCUGAGCAGGAGAAGCUGCAGCUGUGUGAAAGAAUGAAUGAAGAGCUCUCUGCAGAGAAAGCCCACCUGGAGCAGCUGUUGAAGAAGGCAGAGGAGCAAGAGAAGGGGCUGCAGGUGGAACUGAUGGCACUGAGGAAGGAGAAGGAAGAAAGCCAAGAGGAACUCCAAGUCUCCCAGCAGCAACAGGAGUUGGUGAGAAGUGGGCUGGAGGAGCUGCGACAGGAGUGCUGUCGCCAAGCAGACGCCCUGGCCAAGAUGUCCAGAGAGAAGGAACUGCUGGUACAGGAGAAGGCUGACCUUGAGGUGCGACUGAGAGACACAGAGUGGGACAGACGAGGCCUUUCAGAGCAGCUGGCAGAGGCCAGCUGGAAGAAGAGACUGAGGCUUUGUCAAGGAGAGUGGAUGAGACGGAGAGAAGAAAGAUCUCUGAGCAGGAGAAGCUGCAGCUGUGUGAAAGAAUGAAUGAAGAGCUCUCUGCAGAGAAAGCCCACCUGGAGCAGCUGUUGAAGAAGGCAGAGGAGCAAGAGAAGGGGCUGCAGGUGGAACUGAUGGCACUGAGGAAGGAGAAGGAAGAAAGCCAAGAGGAACUCCAAGUGAGACCCAGACCCUGGUGCUUCUGGAUGGGCGUUUGUCUGCUGGGCUCAGUGAAGCUGUGGCUGUUGUAUUCUGUGGGUUUUUUGUCACGCAGGCACUUGGUGGUGGUGGAGGGGAGAAGUCUUUUGUGUGCUUCCUGUGGGAAAGGUGUUGGUGACUUGCAGAGCUGUCUU